AUGCCCAUGUCAUUGCCUGCUGGUACCGAUGCUGCUCACCGCUACUGCUCCAUACCGGUGCCCGCACCCACCUCUGCAGCCGCGAGCGUCCACCUCCGCUCCGCGCGCUCGGUCGCGCCCAGCGGCCACGCCGGCCCGCGCCCGGCCGCAGCCGCCCACGCCCGCCGUCGCCGUGCCCACUCCAUCUGGCCGUGCCCUCCCCCACCCCGGACCACUCCUUCGCCGCGGCCCCUCGCGCGCGCCCACGCGAUUGCCGCACUUGCCGUCUGCCGUCUGCUCGCCGCGGCCUGCGUCUGCAGCCCGCUACCCCGCGCCGGCCACGCAACCGUUCGCCCGAGCUCCCCCCAUGCGCGCGUAGGCUCCAGCCGCGCCCGCUGCUGGCCCUCACCGCCGGCUCCACCCUGCCGCUUCCCCCGCUCCGCCCCGCUGCAGCUGCUCGCCGACCACCGCUGUCGCGUCCCCGCGCCGCCUCUCGCCCCGGCGGCUGCCGCUUCGGCCGCCCUGGCCACUGGCAUGGCCCCGCCGCACUCUUUGCGGGCGAGCGCCCGCCCAGGCGCCCGUCGCCCUUCUGCCCAGCGCCCGUUAAGGCCUCUGGGCCUAUGA